CCAACUGCAAUAACUGCCGCGAUGGAGGCCUGAGACAUUCGCAGCUGGGGGAGCACGGAUAACCUGGCAGUGCCGACAUAGGAAAAGUCUGCCAGUAACACAGAUGCAGUGCUCCAGUAGCUGAUGGAGAGGAGACUGCAUGCUGUAGUGAUGAGACUGAGCUAGCCAGAUCCAUCUGAGCUCCAUUCUCCAGCUCUUCCUCCCCUCCCUGCUGUCCCUAUAGGAUUGCACAUGCCUCUCACUGCAGGGAGGGGCAACCGGUUACCCGGCUAGAGAACUGCAGAGAGAAGAGAGAGGGGCACAGAAUACAAGACUGUGGAGAAGCCUAUUCUGGAGGCAGCCAGGGGAUUGCACAUUGGAAACAGUCUGAUGCAGUGCAGGGGAUCCCUGCAGAGAGGUGUACAGUUGGAAUCAGGGAUCGUUGCAUGGUGCCCUUGACAGUGCAAUGUGAGGCUUUGCUGCAGGUGUCAGAUCAGGGGCUGUCUGGCUGGUAGAAGCAUUUUCCUCUGCUGCAUCACUAUCUACUGACUUCAAAUUGAAGCACUCCAUCACAGAUUACGUGUGGAAUUAGAUAACGGAUUUCCUGGUUCAUUCUACCUUCAUAGACGCAAGAAAUGGGGUUAACACCUUCCUUUCCACUGGCAUAACUAACCAGAUAAGGCUUUAUCAGGGGAUGGGUUAAAAACAGAUGAACACACAGAGAGAGAGAAAGACUGUAGGAUCUGCAUAAAGUUUGAUAUGGUUCUGCUGGCACUUUAGAACGACCGGGAUCUGCAUUUAAAGAUGAAUUCGGAAGAGAAAGGCAUAUCGCCGGCUCACAGAAUAUCUACACCAACGCACAAAAGUGCCUCUUCUUCUUCCUCUUCCCAGAGAGACAGUAGACAGGAAGUAGACAACUGGGAAAUCAUAGAGGGAUUGAAGAUUGGACAGACCAGUGUCCAGAAACCUGAAAAACAUGAAGGAUUUAUGCUGAAGAAAAGAAAAUGGCCGCUGAAGGGCUGGCAUAAAAGAUUUUUCGUCUUAGAAAAUGGUAUAUUGAAGUAUUCCAAAUCACCUAUUGAUACUCAGAAAGGUAAAGUCCAUGGGAGUAUUGAUGUUGGUUUGUCCGUCAUGUCCAUCAAGAAGAAGGCGCGCAGGAUAGACUUGGAUACUGAGGAGAACAUAUAUCAUCUUAAGGUGAAAUCUCAGGAUACUUUUGAUGCUUGGGUGUCAAAGCUGCGUCACCACCGACUUUACCGGCAGAAUGAAAUAGUUCGGUCGCCGAGGGAUGCCAGCUUCCAUAUGUUUCCAUCCACAUCCACUACUGAGUCCUCACCAGCAGCUAAUAUAACAGUGCCAGAGGGGAAGGUUGCACAGAAUAACUUCCUGUGGCAGUCUCCCAUCCCAUGCAGCAACAGUCUACCUGCCACAUGCACCACUGGCCAGAGUAAGGUUGUGGCGUGGCUACAGGACUCGGAGGAAAUGGAUAAGUGUGCAGAAGAUUUGGCCCAAUGUCAGUCCAACUUGAUUGAACUUAACAAGCUGCUUCAUAACCUGGAAAUGCUUCAAAGGACCCAGUCUGCCCCCAGUUUCACUGACAUGCAGGCUAAUUGUGUAGAUAUGUCAAAGAAAGACAAGCGCGCCACGAGGAGAUGGAGAACAAAAAGUGUCAGCAAAGAUGCAAAAAUACAACUUCAGGUACCUCUCAGCGCUUCAAUGUCCCCUAUUCGUCUUCACGCCUCCAACCCGAACCUCUAUGCAGAUGUGGAGUUUCAAAACCUUCCAAGUCAUAUAACUGACGCCCUGGAGUUUGCAUCGGACUAUACCAAACUGCAGGAGGAGUUCUGCUUAUUAUCACAAAAAGUCCAUUCUCUGCUGAAAUCUGCUUAUAACACAAUUGCGAUUGAGAAGGAAAAAAUGAAGCAGAUGGUCUCGGAACAGGAUUACAGCAGCCACAGUACACAGAUUGCACGUCUCAGACAGUCACUUUCCCAGGCACUAAACCACAAUUCGGAGCUGAGAAGCCGGCUGAACAGAAUACAUUCUGAGUCUGUCGUGUCUGACCAAGUUGUCAGCGUCAACAUUAUUGCAAGCCCAGAUGAGCCUGGAGAACACAUCCAUGUCAGUCUGCCUCUAUCCCAACAGGUGUCUAAUGAGGGCAGGUUGUCCAUGUCUGAGUCGGUGUCUGAAUUCUUUGAUGCACAGGAAGUUCUUCUGUCCGCCAGCUCAUCAGAGAAUGAGGCAUCAGAUGACGAGUCCUACAUCAGUGAUGUCAGCGAUAACAUCUCAGAAGACAACACCAGUGUUGCGGAUAAUGUGUCCCGUCAAAUUCUCAAUGGAGAACUUUUAGGCGGGGCAUUCCGGACUGGACGACGCACAAGUCUCCCAGCUUCGUCACCUGAUACCAGCAAUAUCAACCUGUGGAAUAUUCUGAGGAAUAACAUUGGCAAAGACCUGUCCAAAGUCUCCAUGCCUGUAGAACUUAAUGAGCCGCUGAAUACUUUGCAGCAUCUCUGUGAAGAGCUGGAGUAUAGUGAGCUGUUGGAUAAGGCUGCGGAGAUGGACGAUCCUCAUGAACGUAUGGCUCUCAUUGCUGCCUUUGCAGUCUCAGGAUACGCUGCCACGUAUUACCGAGCCGGGAGCAAGCCUUUCAACCCUGUGCUCGGUGAGACUUAUGAAUGUAUAAGAGAGGACAAAGGAUUUCGAUUUUUAUCAGAACAGGUUAGCCAUCAUCCUCCAAUUUCCGCCUGUCACUGUGAGUCUAAGAAUUUUGUCUUCUGGCAAGACAUCAGAUGGAAAAAUAAAUUUUGGGGGAAAUCCAUGGAAAUAUUGCCUUUUGGAACAGUGAAUGUUAGGUUACCAAAGUACGGAGAUUGUUAUGUCUGGAACAAAGUUACGACCUGUAUCCAUAACAUUCUCAGUGGCAGACGAUGGAUUGAACAUUAUGGUGAGAUCACCAUACGGAAUGCAAAGAAUGGUGCUUCUACCUGUAAAAUGACGUUCAUCAAAGGAAACUAUUGGAGCUCCAAUGUCAACGAGAUUCAUGGAGUAGUAAUGGAUCAAGAAGGAAAGGUUGUGCAUCGGCUCUUCGGGAAGUGGCACGAUGCGCUGUAUUGUGGGGAUGCUCCCGCGGCUAGAUGUAUAUGGAGGCCAGGUUCUAUGCCGAUGAACUAUGAACUCUAUUACGGCUUCACAAGAUUUGCCAUGGAACUGAAUGAGUUGGAUCCGGUGCUGAAAGAUUUCCUUCCAUCAACCGACGCAAGAUUCCGGCCAGAUCAAAGGCUACUUGAAGAAGGGAACGUUGAAGCUGCUGCAACAGAGAAGCAAAGAAUAGAAGAACUUCAGAGAAAUAGAAGAAAAUACUUGGAUGAUAACCAUAUAGAAUACACGCCAAAAUAUUUCCGGAAGGUGACUGACGCCCAUAAUAAGGAGACGUGGGUUUCCAACGACACCUACUGGGAACUGCGGAAGGAUCCUGGUUUUAGCAAAGUUGAAUUACCUGUUCUAUGGUGAUGUUAGAAUAUAAAUUUGUUAAACCUAUCAUUCUAUCAAUAGGUCAAAAACUAUGCACAAUUCCAUUUCAUAUUGCUGGAGAAUUAUUUUUGUGUGACGCACAAGACCAUGCAAUUUGAUUUUAUAUACCCAUUUUUAAAAGAUAUUUGCUGACAUGACCUGUAGUACCCUAGAGAAUUACUGACAUUACUUGCUGCAUUUCUACGGUUGUUUUUGCCCAUUUCUGUUCCCUACAAUCAGUUUGGCAUGGUGAGGUACAGCAGCACCAUACUCCCAAUAACCCCUAUAGCAAAUGGCAACACAGGUUGAGUCUCCCUUAUCCAAAAUGCUUGGGACCAGAGGUAUUUUGGAUAUCGGAUUUUUCCGUAUUUUGGAAUAAUUGCAUACCAUAAUGAGAUAUCAUGGUGAUGGGAACUAAAUAUAAGCACAGAAUGCAUUUAUGUUACAUAUACACCUUAUACACACAGCCUGAAGGUAAUUUUAGCCAAUAUUUUUUAUAACUUUGUGCAUUAAACAAAGUGUGUCUACAUUCACACAAUUCAUUUAUGUUUCAUAUACACCUUAUACACACAGCCUGAAGGUCAUUUAAUACAAUAUUUUUAAUAACUUUGUGUAUUAAACAAAGUUUGUGUACAUUGAGCCAUCAGAAAACAAAGGUUUCAUUAUCUCACUCUCCCUCAGAAAAGUCCGUAUUUCGGAAUAUUCCGUAUUUCGGAAUAUUUGGAUAUGGGAUACUCAACCUGUACUGCUUUAUUCAUAGAGUGAUGCUGCAUGUGGAAAGGUGCCCUGUGUCCAUCCUUGUGCAGUCACUGUAUAAGGAUCGCGGUGUCUGACAUCUGUACAGGGUGAAGCAGAGGAAGCUGACAGCGAUUAGUCCCUGUCACCAUGUGCUUCCUCAUUGAGUCUUGACGCUGAGAAUACUGGUGGCUUACCCCUGACCACAGCCUAACCCUAACUGCCCAACCUCCUCUACUACUGCAGAAUAACCCCCCCCCCCCCCCCCUAGUAGUUAACCCUAACCCAAACCCUGACACUCACCUCGGGGAUCCAUUGGCACUCUCAGCGGCGGAAUUCCGGUGUCGGGAUUUUGUCUAUCGUGAUCCUGACCAUCGGGAUCCUUACCGCAUCCCAUGGUAAGUGAGACUGGAGGUAUGUUUGGAGGCCUAUUGAAAACCUCAACUCAACCGCCUCUAGAACCCUACCACCUGAGAUGAGGUUCUACCCCAGCCACAUGGUGGAACGGCCCAGUGGGAAGCCGAAUCUCUUGCGAAGCAUUUUAGCAAUGUGACUAUAAUUUCAUACCAUAUGUUUAUCAAUCCGUGGUGCAAAUACAAGUUAUAGCAUACCCUCCCAGCUUAUGGCUGUAGACCACCAUUGGUGAAAGACCACAGGUUGCCUAAUAUUGCAUUACAGUCUCCUUUAUUGUAGCAAGUUAAGAAACCACUAUUCUGUCUCUACCGCUUUACUUUUCGUUGUCAGGAAAUAAUAUCCUAUUUGUACUAUAAGCAGGGGUUAUUUAGCCCUCUUCUGUAUAUGAUCUGUUGGCUUUUGCUAAUUUGCACUUUGCGUUGUCAGAUGAGUGGGAACAGCCAAAUUGUUUGCUUGGUAGAUGUAACCAUAAUAUCACCAAUAAAAUAGCGGCCAAAUUAAUGGUAAAAGUAAUUGGCUGGUUUACUGACGAGUAAUUUCUCAGAUAUAUAAGAAGGUUUAUUUGCUGAGCAGGAGGAGCUUUAGGAAACAUGGAUUAGUGAUUCAGUAUACAUCCCCUUUACCUACAGUAUGUGUGUAGUUUCAUUAUGUUAGUUAGGUAACUCACAAUAUUAUGUUGAAUCAGUAAUGCCAAAAAAAAUCUCAUGAAUACUCAUUUAGUAACAUAGAGCUUUAUUCACAAAUGCACUGUAAGUCCCAGCAGCCAACCAGAGAUUUCCAUUCAUUUUCUUAAAUGUUCUUGAACCAAACCUAAUUGGUUGGUAUGGGAUAUAAGUGAUAGGCUCCAGUGAUCUAUUUUUCCCACCCAGAUGACCUUCAGCCCCAUCUCUCUGUUCCAGUGUUCACAAUUGCUGUCAUACAAUGUACCGUUCCAAACAUUUGCAAGGCGUAACCAUAUAACGCCUGGCCCCAAUGCUCAAUAGUUAUCUGAUAGGAUAAUUCUAACAGGUGUUGGUAAAUAUGGUCAUAAGACGACUGUUAUAGGGACAUACAGUAAAAGUGCUUUAAAAUAAUAAGGGCCCCUUGGUGCCCAUCGGGCCCUAGGCGAUCGCCUACGUUGAUCAGGGUUUAUCUCGGCUUAUCUCAGACAGUGGGCCCGAUUCAGUGGUGGACGCAGAUGUAGUUGCAUCUGUUGCCAGUCUCCCACCUGUGGCAUAAUGCAAAUGCCACUACAAAGCCUUUCCCUGCUCUACAUCCGUGCAUCCGAAUAUACAAGAGCUGAGAUGCCCGCUGCCAGCGUCUGUAGGCACUGAGAUACCAGAUGGUGUGUCUUUUGCCAGGGGCAGAUGAUAGCUCGACAGUUAAUAAGUUGACAUGUAAAAGGUAGACAGUACAAAAGAUAGACAGGUUCAAAGGUCAACGUGCAAAUGGUUGACACACGUGGUAGAAAAGUGUAUUUUUUUUUAAAAACAAUUUUUUUUCACCUUUGGCUUGAUUUACUAUCCACGUGGACUACGACUGGGAAUAGUAACCUGUGGCGAGCGUCGCAGUAGUGGAGCGAAUAACCUUGCCUGCAGCGUGGUGAGCAUAGUGAGCCAGGGAGGGUACAAGUUUCGGCUAAUUUGGGUUAUACGUGUAUUGUUAAACAUACGAAAUGAAACCAAAAUCUAAAUGAAAUUGUCUUCCAUUUGCAUGUCGACCUUUUGACCCUGUUGACCUAAUAACUGUUGACCAUAUGGUGUAGACCUAGUGACUAUCGUACAGCCGCCUCUUGCACUAUCGCAGUGUGCAGCAGCUCUAUGGCAGGUGUAGUUUCCUCAUCCGAGUAUCGCCUCCUAUGUGAGCAUUGGAGCAUCUGUAGAGGGACCAUUCCGUGCGUCUGCUUAGCCACCUCCCAGUCACUAACCAGGAUGUCCAACACUUUUCCAGGAUAUUUCCGAGAUCUGCGCAUCUCAAUGUAAUAGAGUACUCUGUGUAACACAUGCACCCAGAGGUGUCACGAGGGGGGUGCGGGCCACACCCGGCUUUCACCCUUCCAGGGGGUGACACCAAAAUGCUGGCUCCUCCACACUGAAAGAAGCUGGGGUGCUGCAGUUUCACAUUAUCCUGCACCACUCAGGCUCCUGUCAGUAAGAAGGAGGUCGAAGGUGUAGCUAGAGUCUCUGGAAGCAACCCAGCAUGUCUGGGGAUGCUGGGCACGCCUCCGGAGUGAGGUAAUAGGGGGCCGCCCCCCGUAGUGAUGUCAUUAGGGACUUCUUUUAGGCCACUCCCCCUACCUGUGAAGUCACGCCCCCUGGCACAAACGCUGAAGGCACAUGCAGGGGGUCUCUUAUUUAUCUGCAUCAGGUGACACCACUGCAUGCUACAUAGGAGUUUUUAGGCAUUUUCACAAACGUGCAGUAGCAAAAAAUUGCUCAAAUAUGUGGUCAUCAUCAUUGCGUGCAGCUCUGAUCAGGCCCAGUGUGAGCUGGAAAAACAUGAAUAAGGUAAUCUCUUACUCCUUGUGACUUACAGGUCUGUAUUUAUAACACUAUUUACAUUCUUGCCCAGGAUGCAUUGCUCAUAAAUGUAUUGUUUUACAGAAACAGUUUCAUUUAUUAUUCCAUGCCCCAGAGCACCCUUGGCCACUCCCUCUGUCCACACAGUUCCACCCCUAACUUGCGUUAGGCACGUCCUGACCCACUCCACUCGAGAUGGUCUGACAACAAAAUAACACUGUUGGGGUGCUUGCAGUAUUGUGCCUAGUUGUGCGUCAUUGGUCAGCUGUGACCCUGACCCCACUGACUGCUGAAUGACGUGCAGCCAUCUUGUAUUGCAGAUGAAAUAAGCAUCUCUAAUAUCAGACCUAUCACACUCCUCCUGUGCUUAUGAGUCAUAAUUGCUAGUUCUCUAAAGCAGAUGCAGGCCUUAAAGCGCUGAUCAUUAUGUCUGACAGGCUGUCUUACUGGGUUUUUGCAUAAUAUGUUUCUUAGGGGUCUAUUCAUGAAGCAGUGAAAACAGCGGAGAAGUUUUCCAUGGCAACCAAUCAGCAUCUCCCUUACAUUUUACAGAUUGUACUUAAUGAAGGCUUCCUUCCAAGCUGAUUGGUUGCUAUGGGCAAUUUCUCCACAGGUUCUUUUUUCCACUCUUUUCACUGCUUCAUGAAUAGAACCAAUAUCCACUCAGUACAGUACAUGCAGUGCAGCCCUCAGGUCUAAUGACAUGUGUCACAAUAACCGUUAUUCACUGUUACAGUCUCUCCCGUCUGUCUUCGCUUUGGUUUUGCUGCAAAGAUACUAACAAGUUGCACACCGUUAAAACUAGUCAAAAUAUUUUUUUACUAAUAGCACAAAUAAUACAAAUGGGUCGGAGCGCGCAGCAUUCUAUUUACUAACAUUGUUCAAGGGUACACAUCUGAAGCAACUAAUCAAUUAUCGUUUGUCUGUCACACUAUCACUGUAAUAAUAUGAUUAGAUGCUGUGGUUGUACAACUGAUAUGCACCUCUGAGCAAUAUUAGUAAAUAAAUCUGAUUAAACUAUUUGCUGAAAUCUGUUAGUACUACUAAAAGUAAAUGUAUGAAUGGCAGCCAGCCAUGACUGGUCAAUGACCCAUUUUCUCUCCAUGGUUUUGCAGACAUCUCACUGAGCUACUGGCCUCCUUUAAAUCAAAAUUUUCUGGUUAUUCUUUCUUAAUAGUAACCGUUCUCUGUAGGUUCUGCAGCGACUGCUAGCACACAGACAUUAGUUUCCAGCAAUCUAGGUAACACUUCCAAUUCUAUUAAUUCAUAAUUUAUUGUACACAUUCUAUAUUGCACUAACCCAAGUUAUAUAGGUGGCACACGUACGGUACAUUCUCUGCAGCAAUGUUUAAACUAGACACGGUACUAUAUAUAUAUAUAUAUAUAUAUAGCCGAGUCCUCUGGUGCGGCACUCCCAGACACGUCAAUAAAUCAAGUGUACAAGUGGUAAAUUUUCAGGCAACGUUUCAGUGCCCGUUUAUUGUGUAGAGGCACUUUCCUCGGCUAUCACAUAUUCCGUGAGGGCACCCGGAUCGGUACUAUGCAGUACGGGUAGAGCCAGGCCAGAUGAGGAUAUAUACCGGUAUAUAUAUAUAUAUAUAUAUAUAUAUAUAUAUAUAUAUCUAUCUAUCUAUCUAUCUAUCUAUCUAUCUAUCUAUCUAUCUAUAUAUAUAUUUUUGUGUGUGUGUAUAUAUAUAUAUAUAUAUAUAUAUAUAUAUAUGUGUGUGUGUGUAUAUAUAUAUAUAUAUGUACACACACACAUCUGUGUAUGUGCCCAUGGGUUACACAGUGUUCGCCAGGAUAGCUUGUGUAAUAUAAAACAAUGCACCUUCUACUAGUAAUUAUUGCAGAUAUUAGAAGUCACCUCAUGCUGCUGUGACCUGUUUAACUCUCAACAGCCAGCCUAGUGCAGGUAUGCAGUCACAAAACUCCUCUGUGACUUCUAAUAUCCAUAUUAUUUGCUGUGGGGGUGUAUUAUGCCAUUAUUACUGGUUGUUGAUAUGCAGUUGUAGGAUAGCAGACAGCAUACAUCUCUAAAAUGACGCUUUGCAGGAUGUUUCUGGAUCAAUACCUCCCUCUAGUGGGUAACUGUGUAAAUUUGAAAAUGCUGGCUUGGUGCUAUAAGGCCAAAAUAGCCUUACAGAUGUUCUUGAACCAUAGGCCUUGUCUCAUUAAAGUUUAUCCUUUCAAAUAAGAUAAAUGCAGCUCCAAAUGUUUAGUGUUUCUAAACCGAAUGUGUAACAGUGCAAACUUUCACAGCAUAAGAAAACAUAAGAACAACGCCACAUUUACUAAUUACAGUACUCUGCACAGUUCUCCCUUUACCAAAUCGUACUCUCGCCUGUGUUAUAUUGUUUUAUUUGUGCUUUCAUCUGUAUGACCGACACUGUCUGUCCCUUCAGGCUGAGCCUGAUGACUGUAUGUUGCAGAACACAGACCUACAUUUUCAGUGACAAAGAAUGACAAUAAAUGAAAUAUUGUAGUGUAAAUAGCUCCUGCAUGUCUAUCUUACCUGAUUAGCCUGCCGAUGAAUGUUGCUGAAGCCCUUAUUAUAAAGGCUUGCCUUGUUUUAGUCUUAUCAUGAAGACACAUCAGGUAAUGCAAAAUCAGAGUUUACUGAAGGGAAUUUUCUAACUGAUCUCUUACCAAGUGCAAAUGUAAACUUGAUGUUUUUUUUGCAGACAUUUGUCUUUACAUCAAUAUGCUGCUAAUAGAGCUUGUUCUAAUAAACUCAUAUGUGCACUGUUUCA